GAAAUACAUUGAAUCAUGCACUGCACAUAGCAAGGCUUUUAUUACAUUUUACAUUAUUUAUAAAUUAAGAUCAAAUAACAAUUAAAUUAAUUUUUAAAAUAUUUGAAAAAAGAUGUCUAAAGUAAUACAGCGUGUUGAAGUAACUUUACGCAGUUUUUACAUAUUCAAUUCAAGUUUUGGCAAAAAAGAGGGCGAAGAACACAAAAAAAUCCUUUAUUAUCACCCAAAUGGUAUCGAAGAAAACACAAAAAUUAAGGAUGUCGGCUUAAGUGAAGCAAUAAUUGCAUUUACAGAAACAUUUACUUCAGAUAAUGAUUGCAAGGCUUUACAUACUCAAAAAACCACUCAACUAUUUUAUCAACCAGAAAUUGACUAUUGGUUAGUUAUGACUCUAAAUGUUCCAAAAGAGAUUCGCUUGAAGGACGGAGUCGAAGUAGCAGAUUACCGUGGAGGAGAAAUUAAUGAUAAUAUUUACAGCAGUAUUCUCACUCAAUGCUAUAGAAUGUUUCGUCUUCUCGCUGGUAGUAUCAAAAUGAAUUACGAGUUAAAUGGAUUAACAAACGACGAAGCUCGGGAACAGCUACAACAAAAAUUAGCAAUAUUCUUUGACAAAUACCUAAACUCAUUAAAAUUACCUGCCUGUGAUAUACUGGACACCAUUUGCUCUAUACAGUAUUUACCUCUAGAAAAGUCGCUAUUCCUUCGCUCACACAAUUUCAUCAAUAUGGUUCGUGCCACAUUCCUCAAUAUUAGUGAUAUUGUAUUCUUCUACAAUGAGCAGGUUGUUUGUAGUGGGAAAAUAAACGCCAUAGAUUUGUACAGUCUACACGAGUACGUAAUGGGAAAAUUGGUACCAAAGGACUCUCAGAAUGAAGUAAAUAAUACAUUAUUCACACGCAGCAGCAGUACAACAUCGGAAACGAAUCGUAAUGGAGCCUUUGUAUCUGUUACUGAUAACGAUGAAGACAAUUCAAACCCGACCCAAGUAUAUUUGCUCAAAGAUGAUGAGUUAAUCGCUUAUCGAUUGGUUGUUUACAAAGCAAAAAACGCGACACUAUGCAUACUCAUUAUUGAUAGUGCACCUCUUCAGAACGAUUUCAACGAAGAACUGCAUUCCUAUAUAGGUCCGCAACUAAGCAUUAUUGCUCGUGAUAUUGGCGACAAAAUAGCAGAAGUACAGAAAAGUAGUGUUCAUACGCCAACACCAACAACCAAUAAUGAUAUUGAUACAGUUGCACCGAAAUAUUUAUUUGUCAACGAACAAAGUUUGAAACAUUUAACAAACAUAACUGUAGACAAACGACGACCUAAAAUCAAUCCUACUAUGCCGUUAAAUGUUCUAAACAUUGUUGGAAGUCUUAUGGAGGGCAACAGAAGCUAUGCGUCAACUACAUCAUCCUCAUUUGAAGAGGUUUUAUUAAAAACAACAAAUGAUUUUUGGAUAGUUAAACGCAAAUGUAAUUGGCGACAAUAUUUUGUAAUAAUAUUCAAUAGUAAGGCUACUUUAUUAGAUGUAACGCAAGAGGCGAAACGUAUCUUUGAGCAAGAACUUACAGAUGAUGUAUUUUUUGACAAAUAAAAAGUAUAAUCAAAUAUA